AUGCUGGCCCUGCUGGCCGCCACCCUGCCUGCUGUUGGCUGGGGGAGCCCUGGGGGGCUCCAGGGGUGUCCCUGCCCCGUCCCACCCCGCUGCCGUUCCCCGCAGGACGAGAGCCACUCGGAGUGGGUGUCGUGCGUGCGCUUCUCCCCCAACAGCAGCAACCCCAUCAUCGUGUCCUGCGGCUGGGACAAGCUGGUGAAGGUCUGGAACCUGGCCAACUGCAAGCUGAAGACGAACCACAUCGGGCACACGGGCUACCUGAACACGGUCACCGUGUCCCCCGAUGGCUCCCUCUGCGCCUCCGGGGGCAAGGACGGGCAGGCCAUGCUGUGGGACCUCAACGAGGGCAAGCACCUGUACACGCUGGACGGGGGGGACGUCAUCAACGCCCUGUGCUUCAGCCCCAACCGCUACUGGCUCUGCGCCGCCACCGGGCCCAGCAUCAAGAUCUGGGACCUGGAGGGGAAGAUCAUCGUGGACGAGCUGAAGCAGGAGGUGAUCAGCACCAGCAGCAAAGCGGAGCCGCCCCAGUGCACGUCCCUGGCCUGGUCGGCCGAUGGGCAGACGCUGUUCGCCGGCUACACCGACAACCUGGUGCGGGUGUGGCAGGUGACCAUCGGCACCCGCUGAGCCCCAAACCCCGCGGUUUUACCCCAAAAACACCAAUAAACGGCGCUUUACAGA